AUGUCGAAGAUGAUCAAAACUUUGUUCAUGAUAGUCAUUACCGUUGCCAUAACCAUCACCCUCACAUUCACCUCCAUCAACAACAAUAUUCACAAACCCACACUGAGCGAUCAGUCCUUCGCUCUGAAACCAUUUCCAAAGAGGCUGAGUCGUUUCUUGGCUGAGACCAAGAACCCUAGAAGUGCAGACCAUUGCAACAAAGAUAAUGAGAUUUGUUAUAUCUUAGAAGGUAUAAACUCCACUUGUUGCAACAACAAGUGUAUGGAUUUGAGCCAAGACAAGCACAAUUGUGGAGCAUGCAAGAACAAGUGCAAGUUUACGAGCUCGUGCUGCCGAGGAGAGUGCGUCACUUUGGCUUAUGACAAGAGGAACUGUGGAUCAUGCGACAACAAGUGCAUGCAUGGUGGUUACUGCAUUUACGGUCUCUGCAAUUACGCCUGA